AUGGAGAAACAUUGUAACUCACGGUCUUCCACAGAUCGCCGAUCUAACAAAAGCUUAAAACAGUGGAGGACACUUCGAAUGGGGAGCUUCGUCGCUAACGCUUUGGAGUUCCUUUCCACCUCUAAGAGAGGAGCCAUCAUCAAAAAACUUCAUGAUGUGCAGGACCUGUAUAGGGAUGGCGGUGAAUGGAUUCUCGGCGAACACAGCAAGUUGAGCUGGCAACUGUUGAGAUUAGAACACUGUAGAAUGGACCCCGAGAGGUACGCUGACCCCGACAGAAGCCACGACGUGCCCCUCAGCUACAGCGACGCAUUGAUCACAUUUGUCGCUUCCUUACCUGGGCCUAACAGGGAACUCUUCCUGAAUGACCUCUGUAAUCUAAUCGCGAAAGUUAUUUCUGAUGUAACAUUAUGA